AUGCGUUUCCUCGGCUUUAUUUGUGCUGCUUCUCUGACUCUUGGAAUGUUUGCCUCGGCUUUGCCUCUGGAUAUCCGUCAAGAGGGCCUCUCCCCCUUCGAAUUAAACGCUCUUGUUACCAACAGUCCGCCAGGUCGUCCUGGCAGUACUCCCUGGAGCUAUAUUCGAGCGAAUUUCACCGAUCCCAACUCGUACAGCUUUACUCAGGGCACACACAAUGGGACUGUUCCAGCAGGUCUUCAAGGCGUUAAUUGCGAGGCCAGAUGGUUUAGGCAAGAGUCGCCCGAAGAUCGCACUUGGCCCUGCGAAUACUCGGAACAGGGCUACUUCGCCAUCCAGAUCUUCCCAGGUACUGGCGCUACUGCGAGGGUAAAUGAUUUCAAGUUAAGGCUCAUUCAUGGAGUGGAGCCAGGUGCGCCGAUUUCCAACAUCUUUGAGCGUUACGAUGCGAAUGGAUCGUUCAAAUCGCUCGAUAACCUGAAUGGUAGAUGCUCCUCCGGUGGAGUCUGCAACUACAGUCUGAAGCCCGAACUCAAGCCAGUCUCGCUUCCAGCAGCAGAAGCGGCUCCUGUCACGGCUUGA